UUCGUUCUCCACAGCCAUCGCAAACACUCUUGUUCCAUGUUUGCGUCGUUAGCGAAAGAGACGGAGUGUUCUUCUCAACAGACAAAGCCUCAUUAUCUAGCAACUGGAACUGCGCAAUGGGGUUGUAUAGGAAUAGAAGGGGCUGAGUGCCAUGUGCCCAAGAUAAUGCCAGAUCCUCUCACACCCAGUGGGAGGAUUGCAGCUUUUCGGUGUGGGCUCUGGCUGCACGCUCCCUACCCUCGUCGUCGACUAUCACGGGCCCUCCAACCAAAUCUCAACUCCUAGCGCCGGGAAUCAUUCUUCGAGGGAGAAGGACACGCUCAUCACUCGCAACUACUACUGGGGGAUGUAUGAAAAAGCGUCACUCGCCGCUGGGAUCCACCCAAUGUGGGCAGCCUAUCGCAGCUGCCUCAGUCUCAUCAUGCCAUGGCCACCCUCACCCAGAUGCAGUAGAAAGUAAAACAAAAAAUAAAAAAUCUGAAGAAUUGGAGUAUUGCCUUCGUGCUGCCUAACUUCUGGGUUUUGCGGUUUCCUCGAGUGUGGUUUGGGGCUUGACAAGAUCGAGAGAUCAGCAGUCGUUUGAUUGCUUCACAUGCAUUGUCUGAUCCAAGGAGGAAUGGAGGUGGUUUUGAUGUGAGCGGAAGGGAGGCUUUGGGUGUGUGGGAUCAGCGCGGGAGGGAAAAGGAUUUGGGAGAACCCGGAGCGUUAUGCGUAAUAGUCUAUGUUUGUAGAUUGGUUGUGAUGUGUAGGAUGUAGGAUUUGUUGUCGAGUUUGGUGCAAGCAUCCAUCGAGAUGCUGGCGUUGGAUUGCGUGGGAGUAUUGGCCCUCCGCCAUGGCCAGGGUGGGGCAGGCUUACUGCAGCGUCUCGGGGUUGAGAGACCCGGCGUGUUUGCACAGCUGGGGAGGGUGUGGAUGGGAGCUGUGGUGGGGGCAAGGGUGGGACUUGGGAAAGGGUGGCGUGGAAGGUCGACGAGCACCGGGGUAGAGACUCUUGUGAGAGGAACAAACAGGGUUAGCGGAAGGGGAAGAGGGAGGAAUAGCAGGGUAGAGAAGGUUCGUGUGCAAGCUGUGGCGUCCGCUUAUCCGCCCAUUGCGCAGACUGAGAAGACUUUCCGCUUGCCCAUCGAUUAUUACCAGAUUUUGGGAGCUGAACCACAGUACCUGGCAGAUGCUAUAGUGCGUGCAUUUGAUUCGCGCAUUGAUAACUCCCCACGGCUCGGAUUUAGUCAACAGGCACUACUCGCACGGCUCGAGAUUUUGCGAGGAGCACGUGAUUCACUUGUGGAUCCCGAGAUCCGGGCAGAGUAUAACCAGGGCCUGGCCGAAGAUGAAGCGGACACUCUUAUUCUUGACGUUCCAUUGACAAAGGUUGGGGGGGCGCUAUGUCUGCUCCACGAGGUUGGCGAAGUAGAGGUUGUACUGCAGGCAGGUCAAGCCCUCUUAGCACAACAAGAGGACCUUCCUAAAACAUUGAACCGUGACGUGGUGCUCGCCAUGGCACUUUCUUAUGUGGAGCUGUCUCGGGAGGCAAUGGCCGAAUCGCCCCCAGCUGUAGUGAAGAGUUGCUCGUUGCUAGAGUCUGCUUUGAAACUGCUGAGGGAGGAAGGUGGUAGAAAUUUGGCUACAGACUUGCAAGAGCAGAUCGAAGGAACGCUGGAUGAGUUGUCUGCCCGCUGCAUUUUGGAAUUGCUCUCCCUCUCCCUCGACAAGGAAUACGAGCCUCAGCGUCAGCAGGGGCUCGAGGGAUUACGAUCACUAUUGUGGUCCGUAGAUGAAGAUGGCAAUAGCCCUCCCUUGGGUGGGUUAACUCGUGAGCAGUUGAUGAAGGAAGCAUUUUCGCUUAUGACUGCUGCAGAGCAGGUUGCCCUUUUUACAGACACGCCUAGCAAUAUCCCUGCUGACAGCUCUGAAGUGUACUCAGCAGCACUGGCAUAUGUGGCUGAAGGGUUCGUCUCGAAGUCGCCGCGCUUGAUUCAAGAAGCUGACGCGUUAUUUCUCCAGCUCCAGCAGGCCGAUCCAUCCCUGGCCGACGGUGAAACUUCGAACUCUCCCGAAUUCUCCUUCGAGAGAGGAAUUUGUGCUUUACUGUUGGGAGAGGUUGCCGAUUGUCGAGCAUGGCUGGGUCUAGAAGACGAAAAAUCGCCCCUACGCGAUCCCUCGGUCGUGAAUUUUGUAUACUCGUACUCAGAAGAAGGUGAGGAGAAUGACUCACUACCUGGUCUAUGUAAAUUACUUGAAGGAUGGUUGACAGAGAUGGUGUUCCCUAGGUGCAGAGACACUGAAUCCCUUCGUUUCAAACUCACCGACUACUUCGACGAUCCAAGUGUACUCAGCUACCUGGAAGGGCUUGAGAAGGGCAAUGGGUCGCACAUGGCUGCUGCUGCUGCUAUAGUGCGCAUUGGAGCAGGAGCGGGUGCUGCUUUGAAUAAUGUGAAGGCCACUCUCAAGAGAGUAUUUCCUAUGGGCAGAAGUAGUGAGAGCACUACAACAAGCGAUGUACUAGAUAAUCCGGAUGAGCUUCCUAGACGGGAGUACCAUAAAGGCGCUGAUGGCGAUGCUCGAUCUCCAAGUUUGAAUAGUAUUGCAACAGGUUUCGAGGAUGAGAACUGGGAGGGCAGCGAGGUAGUGCAAGACGAAGGCAAUUCAGUGAAGGAUACGAAAUCACCUCAUAAUGUCCCUGUUCGAGGAAGCUUAGGAUUUUUUCAGAUUGCCUGCGGUGGUCUCGUUCUUGGAGCUUUGAUGAUUGCAGGAUUACGCUACCUUCCUCUAAAAACCCGACCAGCUCACGCUCUUAAACCAAGCACUCCUACCGUUUCCAGUACAGGGGUUAGGAGAACGGAAGCUUUAGAAGUGGAGGUUGUCCCCAAAAUGGAUGCUAGGUUGGCGGAAAUUAUGGUUCGAAGAUGGCAAGCAGCUAAAGCUCGAGCACUUGGUUCUGCUCAUGAUAUGGCGGCUCUUCCUGAGGUGCUGGAGGGCGAGAUGCUGAAGAGCUGGACAGACCGUGUUAGUGACGUCAAGAGAAAUGGUUGGUUUUGGGAAUACACUCUCCUUGGUCUUCACAUUGAUAGUGUAACAGUAAGUGACGAUGGGAGGCGAGCAACUGCGGAAGCCACUUUGCAAGAGGCAGCCCGCUUGGUGGACCGCAACAACCCUGACCACAAUGAUUCUUAUAGAAGCACUUACACUACGCGAUAUGACCUCCGGCAUGGCAUAGAUGGUUGGCGAAUCAAUGGAGGAGCUGUGCUGCGUACUUGAUUCUGAGAUUUUCAUCUCCGGAUCAUGUUGACUUGUAGGCAGAUCGACUAGUUGCAACCCUUGCAUGCUACGAAUGAGUAGUCUUUUUGGAUAUUUUGAUCCAUCAUGCAGCUUUGAUGUGAGGGAAUACUGUGCUGUAAUGGAUUGGUUGAAAUGCUACAGGGAGUUAAAAGAAUGCUAAUUGUACUUAAUACUAAUCUUUCCAUCGCAUGGAUAUUACUUCACUAAGUGAAUUGGGUCGCUUGUUGGCAAUAGGUCAAAGUAAUGUACACAGGUGGACAAGUUUAUAUGUAAAUUUUUUAAGUACUCUAUAUUGUA